AUGUCUCAGCCUACACCAUCUCAGGAAAUAGUUGCUAAAGAUCUCACUGGCUAUGAAUGGAAAUUUAAACAUAUUUAUAGAGGUACACCAAAGAGACAUCUAUUCACCACGGGAUGGAAUGCCUUUGCGACUGCUAAAAAAUUAGUCACCGGGGACAGUUUUAUAUUUCUUAGAGGAGAGAAUGGGGAAUCACGAGUUGAAAUCAGAAGAGCAGCUCAUAAAGGCAACAUACCUUUAUCAAUAAUUACAAAAGAGAAUAUAUUCAAUGGAGUAACUGCUUCUGCAUGGAAUGCUAUUAAUAGCGAAGGUGUGAUCAUCGUGUUUUAUAAGCCAAGGUCAAGCCAAUUCGUCAUCAGCUCCGGAAAAUUUGUACAUGCAAUGAAUAAUAAGUUCGAUGUACACUCGAGAUUUAUCAUGCGGUUUGAGGGUGAUGAUUUUACUGAACUAAGAUAUUCCGGGAAAAUUGUAGGAAAAAAAGAUUUUUCCUCGCAUUGGAAAGAUUCAGAAUGGCGAAGCUUAGAAGUGAAAUGGGAUGAGGCUGCAUCAAUUCCAAGACCUGAUAAGGUUUCACCCUGGGAUAUUGAGCUUUUAGCACAUCCAUCAAACAUUCUCCAGUCAGCUUUGCUCAAUAAUAAACGUUCACGUGAUACUAAUGAAACUGGUUCAAAACUGUGGACUCAUACAUUGACUAAAGGUCAGGAAAUUGGACAAUCAAGCAUGAGCUCUUCGAUAUCUCAGCGUUGUUAUCGUGAUGCAACUGAUCCAUCUAGUUCGAUGAUGAAAUACUCAGUCCCUACCAUGUCCAAAGUGAACUUUAACGAUCAAAUGGUUCUGCCAAUGAAUGAAAAGAUGGCCACCAAUACUACUGCUAGUUACCAGAGCCGUCCCUGGGACGGCUCUGCUAGUUACAGAUUGUUUGGAGUUAAUCUGAUGACUCCAUUAGAAACAAAAGAUCCCAUGGAACCAACUGGCUCAUACCAGAAAGCUAAAAUUAGCAGAAUCUCGGAAGAAAAAAAGCUUGACCAAAUCCAAACUUUGACAUCAGCAAAAGAAAUUAAAGGCAAGCAAAUCAUAUCUACCAUAAGUCGUACCAAGGUUUUCAUGCAAGAUAGAGGCAUAGGAAGAGUUGUGGACUUAACUAAUCUUGAUGGAUACAAUCACUUGGUCAAUGAACUGGAGAAACUCUUUGAUCUCAAAGACGAGCUACAUACGAACAAUCAAUGGGAAAUUGUUUUCGAGGAUAAUGAGGGAGAUAUGAUACUUGUUGGAGAUGAUCCAUGGCCCGAGUUUUGCAAGAUGGUAAAGAAAAUAUUCAUAUGCUCAAAAGAGAAAGUCAAGAUACUGAAGCCAGAGAACAAGUCCCCUGAAAGUGGCUGA